AUUUUCCUAAGGAUUUCCUAUAAACAAAAACUGAACAUUUAGAGUUGGAAACUUGGAACCCUUAACCUACCCUCAAUCUCUAACGCAAGACUCACCACGAUCUUCCUCCCCCAAAACCUCUGGUAAUCCUGCGGUUCUCACAAGUGGCGAUAGUGGAGAAAGGAACAAUCAAUGGGCUUCUCACCAUCUUCGAUUCUCCUGAUCCUGCUUCCUCUUCUCCCUUCUCUCCUUCCUCUUUUCAGGUUUCGGAUUUGGAAAAUUGCUGGACUUGAGAUUUCAGUUUACCAGGAAGGAUUUUUUCUCAUGACAGACCGCCAGACAGAUGAUCUUAGCAGCAAUUAUGCACCUCAUCACUCAUCAGUGUAUCAAGGUGGAGAUCCUAAUUAUAGCUCCGCCAGGCCCGACCCUACUUCUAUUCCAAUGAGAAUCGGGAGCCUAUAUCCUGUGAACCAAGCCCCUGCGUCAAGUCCUAUGGGGAUUAGGAGUCCAUAUCCAGUGCACCAAGGUAUCCCUGGAGUCUAUAAUACAUUUUCUGUUUCUUUGAAUGAUUAUUCUUAAUGCAGGGGACAGUUUUAGAGUUUUCGAGUUCACUUAUAACUAGCUUAAAUGUGCAGGUAGUCCCAACUUCAGUAUUCCACCUGUGAUUAAUUUUAGAUUUGAUGUGAGGACGAGUUGUGUGUUUCUUAACCGAUUUAUGUAUCCUUGAUGUUGAAUAUGUUGUUGUGGUGUUUGUCUUUAUCUACUUUUGCCUUCUACUUUGUUUGGAAGCCCAUAACUGUUACGAGUUAAUGUUGUUUUCUUUGUUUGAUGUAAGCUGAGUUUGAAUUUAUUUCUGAUUUUUUAUUGAGUUUUGGUGGACAUUCUGGCGUUUUCCAUUAGUGUACUUCUGCAUAUGAUUUGGCACAUGAGUUGCUUGACAUGAUAAUAUGUAUUUUAAAAUGCACAUUAGUUCAUAAAAGUCCAUAUGUGUGUGUGUGUGGGGAUCUGAUCCAGAGAAACCUGAAUGGUUUUUCGGAUACAUGGUCCCGCUACGGAUUAGGUAGAAAGUAUUUGAGUCACUAUAGUUUGAAUGACAGUACUAUUUUACACAUGCACUGGACUACAGUUAGCAACUUUGCUGACCACCCAUACUAAUAUUGACAGCUAUUGAAGGACAGCUAAGGAUGUCUCAUACUCCUGGUCCGAGAAUAUAAUCGAGAGGAAAGUAUCAGUAGUAUAUAUCUCUCUUGAUAUAAAAACUUAACUAAAAACGAGGCCACUUAUCUAUCUUGUUAAAAAACUUAACUAAAAACGAGGCCACUCUAGUAUCAUCGAUCAAAGUGAAGCAUAGAGAAGCUGAUAUGUGAUAACUUACCUGGGAAACUAAGUUUAACUGUUUAGUGCUUCUUGAAAUACCCUUGUCUAUGUUGAAAGUUAACAUAUAUACUGAUAGGUAUUGCAAUUAUAAGUUAAUAUUCUAAGUUAAUCGACCAUGUAUUAUUGUAAUAUGAGUUCCACAUAUAAGUUCUAACAUGAUGGUUUCAGACCAUGUUCUCCCCGCAAUCUGACAAUAACACUCGUUUGAUUCCUGUUAUGCAUAACCUUAUCCGUUAUCAUCACCUUUUUUCUCCCUCAUUUUGUUCUAAGAGCGUUAAUUACUCUGUAGUGUCUUUUUUCAGCUUUGUUAUCUUUAGACGAUUUUUUUGUACUGUCUAGGUGUUCUUGUUCGUUGUUGGUAGGUUUUUAAUCACAGAAUGCUCAGUGCACUCGUGAUGUUGUGAUGGAACUUCUACAAAGAACCAAUCCUGAACAGGGAAUUUACGUAAUAGAUGAUUUUUCUGUGGUGGCAGCAAGUCCACAAGCAAGUCGCGUGAAGCUGAAUGAACUCGGAGGCCAGCAUUUAAAUGCCUGAGAGGUAGCACAAGAAGUCUACAAAUGGAAACUUGUUUGUUAAUAGCAGUAAUAUGUGGUCUGAACUGUGAUGAAGUUUCACUUGUCAGCAUCUAAUCACCUCUACCAUGCUCCCAGCAGUAAAUAUUUUAUUAUUUUGUUGAAUUUUGAUACAUGUUUAUGGUGCAGAACAUCUUUCGUGUCGCCUCUUAGUAUAUUAGGCGACUCGAUUAUUAACAAAUUUAAUAAAAAUGUCUGA